AACUUCGGUCAGUUGCGUGUGCUAUAUACUUGGUGGUUAUACUGCCGCUCCAUCACACCUCUAAAUGGGAUUUCUUCUGUGUUCAUCAGAUAUUUUGGACUUUUGAACUUCUGGAGCUCAUCACUGUUUUUGUGAGCCAAGAGGCUUAGGAAUUACUGCAUUUGGGAAGGCCAGACGGAACCGGCUUUCCCUGAGAGGCGUUCACCAGCCCUUCAAGAUUAAUACUCAGACAUCAUUGUUGGACCCAGCUCCGCAAUGCUUCCUACCAGCAGUGAAUCCACAUACAGAUAUGCAGCCUCACCUCACUUCGAGCCUGAGGGUGACUCCAGUCAGGAUCCAGACUGGAAUCCCCUCAGGAUCUUUGGGAACCACUGCAAACAUUACCAAGUUCGUGCUGGUACACAGGCAGAGUGGAGACAGGGCCAACUACCCCAUUCAGGAACUGGAAGCCACCUCUAUCACCACCACAUCCACUGAGCUACACACUAAUAAAGUGAUUGAUGUAGGUCAGGUGGCUUGCAACAUCUCUCCCAAGAAUUUCAUCGGCUUAGCUGAAGGCUCAGCACAUCUGAAUCAGCCUGCAGGCACCUCAAAGAUGGCUAUCUUUGAUGUGGCAGCAGAAUCUUCAAUGGAUUUAGGAGAGUUGCUACCAUUUAAUCACAAGGAUUUGUCCUUGCCUCCAUGUGAUUCAGAAAUGGCCGACUGUCCCCUUACAACUGAGAUGUCUUUGAAGUCAGUGCCUCCCCAUGGUGCCAUAUUGGAUAAUGGCCUUCCUUCUGAGGGACUUCCAUGUGUGUCUGGCAUGGUGAAUAAUGUCCUUUGUGAUGAGAGACCUUUCUCUCCUUCAGAUUUCCUUCAGGAAAAUCCAGCACCAUCUUCAUCUCAGAUGCAAGAUCUAGAGAUUCCACCACACAUAUUGGAUGACAUAGUCCAGCUCUUUGCAGAAACAUCUGAAAAUAUUCCCUGGGACAACACUCAGCAGCUGGAUCUGGAUCUGGAUCUGUUCAGUCACUCUGAGGAACAAGAUGUUCUUGAUAAUGUUGUGCUAGAGUGUGGCAUCCGGGAUGAGGUAAAGGAGGAAAGCCAUGUCCAGUGUAAGAAAGACAUAACUAACAUCAGAAUGGAGGAGGAAAUCCAAGACCAGUGUAAGAUAGAGAAGCUUAACUCAGCAGUUAAGAAGGAAAGCCAGGAUCACUGUAAGGGAAAAUUGCCUACCUUAGCAGUAUCGACCACCAUUACCCAGCCAACCAGGAACCAGGGUGACUCUGUGGGACCAGUGCGGACUCGGCAGACAAGGAGGAGUUCUAGGAAGUCAGUUGGAUGCAAAAUGAAUUGUUUGGAUGAUGAAUCUACCACUGCAGAGGUCACAGUGAACAAAGAGUUGAAGGAUUUAGUGGCUUCUACAUCUAGCACUACCCGAAGAACAGAUCAAGACUUUAGAACAAUGACAGGGGAAGAAAAGUACAAGAGGAAUCGUGAGCAGAAUAAUUUAGCCUCUAAGAGAUGCAGAGAGAAGAGGAAAGAGAAAUUCAAGAAUAUGGAAAUAGAACUUGUUGAACUGGAAACAAUAAACAAAGCCCUUAAGGAUAAGGUGGAGAGGCUGACACUGUUACGGGAUGAAUUUAAGAAAUUUGUCAAUAAAUUCCUGUUUGAAAGAAUGUCACAGAAAUGAAACAUGGAAGUUAUAUGGUAAAGAGAAGGCAAUUGUAUGACGCUGCAUGUUAAAUUAAGCAUUAGAAGUGCGAUAAGAAUCAUUUAAUGUUAGACUGCACAGAACAUAAAGGCUGAUAAUGUAUUAGUAAAUUCUCACACCAGAGGUAUGGUAUUUAAAUCCCAUUGAGGUGUCCCAGCAGGAAUAGGGCUCAUCAUUUGUGUGUACCUGAGCACAUUUUAACUUCAUGAAAAGUGUUGCACCAUAACAGUGGUAGGAUUAUUUUACAAUAGACCGAAUGAGAAGAAAAACUCGGUGAUAGUGCAAAUUUUUUUAGAUUACCAUACUGUUGGGUUUUGAAAAAUACCAUAGGUGGUGUGAGUGCAAUAUUGUACUUAUGCUAGUGUAUUACAAUGUCAUGUUACAAUGUACUAUUAAAUCAUUAUGGAACUGAUUUCAUAAAUAACAAAAAUGAGUCUAAAUAGUUUGGCAGGCUCACUUUAACAGUAUAUUUGUGAAAAUAAGGUUUUGAUACUUUGUGGUAUUUAAAACAAGUAAAGAUAUCAAUUUGAA